CGUCGAACAGCAAAAACAAAAGUUCAUUUCAAUCCAAUUUAAAGUUAAUUUGAGCUGCCAAUUAACGCAGAAAUGCCCAUUUUUUCUGCCAAAACACGAGAGCAAGUCUAGAGGAAAACGACCAUCACCCGUUUGUGUUGAAAUUUCGACUAAUUAAGCCCCAAUUGGCGACGUAACCGAAACAUCUUUUUUUUAUUUGAUUCCAACUUUUUUUGAAGGACCAGCAUUAAAAUGAAUUUCCUCGGAUUCGGACAAUCGGCGGAGGUUGACAUCAUUUUCGAUGGCGCAGAAAACCGUAAAUUGGCCGAAGUCAAGACUGACGACGGCAAAAAAGAGAAAUAUCUCCUUUAUUACGAUGGCGAAGCUGUCUCCGGGAAGGUAAAUGUGACUCUGAAAAAGCCGGGCAGCAAAAUGGAACAUCAGGGAAUCAAAAUUGAGCUUAUCGGUCAAAUAGAGCUGUAUUAUGAUCGCGGGAAUCAUCAUGAGUUUGUGGCAUUUUUGAAGGAACUCGCGAGACCCGGGGAUUUGUUGCAAAAUACGAGUUAUCCCUUCGAAUUUGCGAAUGUUGAGAAGCCGUACGAGGUUUAUGUGGGCUCCAAUGUGCGUCUAAGGUACUUUUUGCGUGUGACGAUCGGCAAAAGGCUCAGCGAUAUCAUCAAAGAAGUCGAUAUUGCGGUGCACACGCUGUGUAGCUAUCCGGAGAUGAAUAGUCCAAUUAAGAUGGAAGUUGGCAUUGAAGACUGUUUACACAUAGAAUUUGAAUACAAUAAAUCAAAAUAUCAUUUAAAAGAUGUGAUAGUAGGAAAAAUUUACUUCCUAUUGGUUCGUAUCAAGAUAAAACACAUGGAAAUUGCGAUUAUUAAGCGAGAAACGACAGGUUCGGGUCCGCACGUUUUCACGGAAAACGAGACAAUAGCAAAGUACGAAAUUAUGGAUGGCGCUCCGGUCAAAGGCGAAAGCAUCCCAAUUCGCGUUUUUCUCGCCGGUUACGACUUGACGCCAACCAUGCGCGACAUCAACAAGAAAUUCAGUGUGCGAUACUUUCUGAAUCUCGUGCUCAUGGACACGGAAGAUCGGCGUUACUUCAAGCAGCAGGAGAUAAUUUUGUGGCGCAAGUCCGAUAAGGCGCGCAAAUCGCUCACAACGAGUCAAACGUCGUCGUCGGUCAAUCAAGUGCCCGGCAGCGGAGGAGCAGCGGGCGGCGCCAAUGGAAAUCGCAGUUUGGCAGCUCCCUCGAAUCUCGUGGGGCAAGACGGCAAUUUGAUUCCGAAAACGGAUGCGGAAAAGGCGGCAAUGGAAGCGGCACACAAGCAGGUAACGGGCGCAGCUAGCAAUUUGUCGUCGCCAACGGGAGCGUUUGAUCCGACAGUUGGGCUGUUUACAGAGGAGAGCCCGCAACAAGAAUCGAAUCCCGUGCUCCAAAAUAGCAGCUCUGUGGAACGUGAGGCAGGCGAUGGCGCACCAAAUGUCUCCAAUGGGCCCGAAGAGGACUCGCCAAAGCUCUUUGCAACGACAGCUCCCAAACCAACAACGCCCCUCAACACAAGUCAUCUCAAUCCAGACCUCGAAACGCCGCCAGAAGACACGGAACAACCCAUUAACUCGGCACCGCCAUUGACACUAGACUCAGAUCCCGAAUCACAAGACUAAUAAUAGUUUCCUACAACACAAAAACACACAUAACUGACAACAACGCAAUUAAACAAAAAAUAAAAAAAAAUAUAUUAACAAUCGGAAAAAAGUGUAAAAAAUGCAUGAAACGGAAAAUAUAAAAAAAAGUGACAGUGAAUGAAAAGUGCUUGAGAACUGAAAAAAUAUUUAGAAAAGUUAUAAAUGUAUUUUGAUACAGCAAAAAUUUGGGACUUGAGUCUGCAGAAUAAUUUUGACAGUGAAGAUGAUUUAAAAUUUAAUUUUAAAAAAUUUUUUAAGGAUAU